AAAUAGAAAAAAAAGAUAGAACAGCCGCGCCGCCACCGCCUCACUAUAAUAUGAAUGGGUUUAUACAAAAAUGGCAUUGAGGAAAAUAAAAGGCGCAAAACUAUAGGCCUACGGUAGUGCCGCCGAGCCGAGAGUGUAUUAUAGAGAGUAUAGAGUAGGCCUGAAAGUUAAAAUUAAUUUUUUGAAUAAAUAAAUUUUUUUUUGGCGAACGGGCGUAUCAGAGUAUAAAAGCUAAGGUUAGACAGCCACAGAAUCACAGAGCAUUUAUUUGUCAAACCUUACAGACAUGGUACAAAAGUUGAUUAUCUUGGCCGCCCUUGUGGCAGUGAGCUCAGCCGUCGUCAUUGGACCACCAGCUUAUUCACCCUAUGGACCAGUUCUUCCCAGAUUAGCUGCUCCAUUAGGCUUACCAGCUUAUCCCGCUAUCGCUAAAGUUGCCGCUCCAGUAAUUGCAAAGGUUGCCGCUCCAGAACCAUACGAUCCAAACCCACAAUACAGUUACAGCUAUGAUGUCCAUGAUCCCACAACUGGAGAUGUUAAGAAUCAACAAGAAAGUCGAAGUGGAGAUACCGUUCAAGGAUCAUACUCUUUGAUUGAACCUGAUGGCACAAGGCGUUUAGUCGAAUACACUGCCGAUCCAGUCAACGGAUUCAAUGCCGUCGUUCAUCGUGAACCACUUGCUGUUAAAGCUGUAGCACCAGUUGCAAAAAUUUUAGCACCAGCACCACUUUUGGCACCAGCACCACUUCUAGCUCAUGGACCAUUGAUCCCUAAGAUUGCUUCACCUUAUGGUUUGCCAUUGGCUGCUGCCCAUGCACCACUUGGUUAUCCAGGAUUGAUUCAUGGUUGAAGAAAAAAAUUGAUUGAAUGACGACGAUGAUGUGUAUAGUAUUUCAAACGAAAUCAAAGACUCUUCUAUUAUAAAUAUGGAAUAUCUCUUCUGCUUCAAUCCGCCUAAUCUGUGUCAUAUAUAUUAUUGUUGUAAAUGUAUUUAUUAUUUUGUAAUUUCUUUUUUAAUUGUUAAGGCUGUUUGACCGCGAUAAAACAAAUAAACGUU